AUGUUGAGAUUGGCUCUUCGAAGCGUGGCUAAUGCUAACAUUGCUGGAGCUGCAAAAUUGCACUCUGGCCCUGCCAGUGCCCGAAUUACGAUUUCAAAUGCUAUGAAACUAGCCACUGGAUCAAGUAGCUCCAGCCUGAGAUUUUAUUCAAGCGACAAGAAAAAAUCUGAACCCGUCUCUUCACUUUUAACAGAUGAUAUUCUGGAAAAGGCUGGCAUUGAUACAAAUUCACUAAAGAAAGAGUCAGGAAAGACGGGCUCUAAUGAAUCAUCUGGAUCAGCUGAGACUAGCAACGCUGCUCAAGCUGAAUCCACAUCAGAAUCCGUUGACUCUGCUGAAUCCGGUGAAGCAGGUGCAAGUCCAGAGCAAAAGGAAAGAUGGAAGGGUACUGCCAAGAAGUCGAGUGACAAGUCAUCUACAGAUCUAAGAAGAGAGCGACGUAGCAAUCUCUUUUACGCUGCUUUGUUAGGUAUGGCCCUUGGAGGUGGUGCCUAUUUGGCCAGAGAUUGGGAAGAAAAUGAGCAGAAAUCACAUCCCGAUAUUAGUGGUGGAUAUUCACCAGGUGCCAGUUUUAACCGUGCCAAAGCUCGUUUGGGCGAUAUCUUCAACUAUUUUAAUGAGCCAAUUUUUGAGAAGCUAUUGCCUGAUCCUCUGCCAGAGCCAUACGGACGUCCUUUAACAUUGGUGUUGUCUUUAGAUGACCUCUUGGUGCAUUCUGAAUGGACUCGUGAACAUGGUUGGAGAACGGCCAAGCGUCCUGGUGUCGAUUAUUUUCUUGGCUACCUUGCUCAGUACUACGAGAUUGUAAUUUUCUCUUCCAAAUACCAAGUUUAUUCUGAGAAGGUUGUUGCAGCCCUCGACCCUUAUAGAUCAUCUGUUUCAUAUGCCCUCUUCCGUGAAGCCACUCGUUACAGAGAUGGUAAGGUUAUCAAGGAUCUUAACAAUUUGAACCGUGAUUUGGGCAAAGUAAUUAUUGUCGACACAGACCCUACCUGCUAUUCUAUGCAACCCGAGAACGCAGUUCCUGUCAAACCUUGGACUGGUCAACGAGAUGAUGAUGGACUUGUUAAGUUGAUCCCAUUCCUUGAAUGGAUUGCUACACAACCAAUUAAGGAUGUCCGUCCCAUUCUCAAGGCCUUUGAAAACACAGACAUGGCUGAAGAGUAUGCUCGGAGAGAGGCUAUUGCCCGUAAAAAGUUCGAAGAGGAAUUUUAUAAACAAAACCAAACUGCAAACUGGGCAUCGUCCUUCCUCGGAAUAAAGCCUCCUGCUCCACCUAAGCCAAUGAUGCCCCAGGACUACAUCCGACAAGAGGGUCAAAAGGGUUACGAAGCCUUCCAAAAGUACCUCAAAGAGAAUGGUGAGAAGAUGCUUGCUGAAGAAAAGCAACGUGAAAAGGAGAUCCUUAACGAGCAAAAAUUUACCCUCAAUAAGUUCGUUACUGAAGGACUUCCCAACCCAGAGGAGAUUGCAGCCAUUCAGAAGCAGAAGGAGCUGGAAGCUCAGCAGGCUGAGAUGGCAGUUGCCAAAGUCCAAGCUGACAAAUAG